CAGUGUUAUGUAUAAAUAAGGACUGAUCUCUCUCUCUCUUUAUUUUCUCUCUCUCAAUCUAUCUAUCCAUCUAUGUAUCUGUCUGUGUAGUUUGUUUAGUUUCUUUAUUAAUAACCCCACAUCAUGACUGUGGGCACUGGGCAGGCAGCAGGUUUGGGGGGUUAAAUCCGACAUCCCAGCGGCCCCUGAACGCAACAUAUGACCGAGCAUUAGCUCAGCUGCACACAGAGAGAGAGAGAGAGAGAGGGAGAGAGGGAGAAAGAGAGAGAGACGGAGAGAGAGAGAGAGAGAGAGAGAGAGAGAAGCUAAACAGGUGGUCUGGAAACACAGAAAACAAUGUCGUCCGGCGGCGAGGAGCGGAACCAGCUCUAGCCCCUCGCUCCGUUAUCGGAACAACCGGGACCGAGGAGCCCCCCUCACCCCCCCCCCCUCCAUGCGCCUCUUUCCCACUUCCACUCGGGUUUCUCCUCCUCGUCCUCCGCCGCUCGGUGCGACUCGGACUCGGCGGGCAGGGGGGAGCUCCUCGGCGGAGCCAUGAAGGUGACGGUGUGCUUCGGCCGGACGCGGGUGGUGGUGCCGUGCGGCGACGGCAACAUCAGGGUGCACACGCUCAUCCAGCAGGCGGCCAUGAGGUACAGGAAGGCGAUCGCCAAGGAUGCUGGUUACUGGCUGCAGGUUCACCGGUUGGAACACGGCGACGGCGGCAUCCUCGACCUGGACGACGUGCUCUGCGACGUGGCCGACGACAAAGACAGGUUGAUCGCCGUGUACGAUGAACAGGAUCCUCACCACGGCGGCGACGGCACCAGCGCCAGCUCCACGGGGACCCAGAGCCCCGACCUGUUCGCGGCCGACCUCAGCGCCGGCAGCGGCGCCUCGGCCUUCCAGCCCUACCAGGCCGCCAGCGAGAUCGAGGUCACGCCCUCCGCCCUGCGCACCAAUAUGCCCCUCCACGUGCGGCGCAGCAGCGACCCCGCCCUGCUCACCAUCAACGGGCCCUUCGGCGGCGGCGAGGUCCGGGUCCAGACGGAAGAGCCGCCGUCCAGGAAGAACCCGACCCGCUGGUCCACCACCGCCGGCUUCCUGAAAGUCCGCCACUCGUCGGGCACCAACAGCCUCGAGAGGAAGGGCAAAGGUACGGACACGUAUCGCAGUCUGCCGCGGGACGCGGGCACGUGGGCCAAUCAGAGAGAGUUUCAGAGGGAGACGGCCCGGUCGUCGCUCAGUGCCAAUCAUCCCAUGGUGGACCGCUGGCUGGAGAGACAGGAACAGGAGGACGAGGCAGGGGAAGAAGAAAACGGCCGGAUCGAGCCGCUCGGUCGAGCCGACUCCUGCAUGGACCACACCCCCGUGAGGUCACUCGAAGACAUAGUCAAACUGGUGGAGGUGUCAAACGACGGCGGGCCCCUGGGGAUCCACGUGGUGCCUUUCAGUGGCAGGGACCGCAGGACCCUUGGCUUGUUGGUCAAGCGUCUGGAGCGGGGAGGGAAGGCCGAGCAGCUGGGCCUCUUCCAGGAGAACGACUGCAUCGUCCGUAUCAAUAACGGAGACCUGCGGAACAUCCGCUUUGAACAAGCCCAGAACAUGUUCCGUCAGGCCAUGCGCUCGCCGGUCAUCAUGUUCCACGUGGUGCCGUCGUCCACCAAGGCGCACUACGAGCAGCUGUCCCACGCCGAGCGCAACCCGGCGUACGCCUCGGGUCGCUUGAGCCCCGACUCGGUGAGCGGCAGCACCGUCUCCGGCGGCGUUGGCGUGGACCACACCCCGCAGCGGAUGUCCCGCCACGGCUCCCAGACGCACGCGCACGCCCAUCCGCCGCACCCCCACCCGCACGCCCACCCGGACCUCCAGAGCGACCCCGGCCUCCCGCCUCUGACUCACCCGGCGGUCACCGCCGCCAAGCCUCCGACGGGACACGCCCACUCGCCGCAGAGGGCGCCGAACUCCGCCACCCCGACGGGCGGGUACGCCAAGAAAGUCGGGCGGAGACUCAACAUCCAGCUGAAGAAAGGUCCCGAGGGACUCGGCUUCAGCAUCACGUCGCGGGACGUUCCCAUCGGAGGCUCGGCGCCCAUCUACGUGAAGAACAUACUGCCUCGGGGAGCUGCCAUCCAAGAUGGCCGCCUCAAGGCAGGAGACCGGCUGCUGGAGGUGAACGGCGUGGACCUGAACGGGCGGACGCAGGAGGAGGUGGUGUGUCUGCUGAGGGCCACGCCCAUGGGCGGUGCCGUGGGGCUGCUGAUCCUGCGGCAGGAAGACACCUUCCUUCCCCGAGAAGCGAACGCCGAGCCCCAGAUGCAAAGCCCCAGAGAUUCGCAUCCGAGGCAGCCGGUGACAGCCGGGAAACCCCAUUGGCUGAUUGAGAAGCCGGAGGAGGAUGAUCUGGUCCUGACUCCAGACGGCACCAGGGAGUUCCUGACCUUCGAGAUCCCGCUCAGCGACUCGGGCUCCGCGGGUCUGGGCGUCAGCGUCAAGGGCAACCGCUCCAAGGAGAACCACGCCGACCUGGGCAUCUUCGUCAAAUCCAUCAUCAACGGAGGGGCGGCCUGCAAGGACGGGCGGCUUCGCGUGAACGACCAGCUGAUCGCCGUCAACGGGGAGUCGCUGUUGGGCAAAACCAACCAGGACGCCAUGGAGACGCUGCGCAAGUCCAUGUCGACGGAGGGAAACAAACGCGGGAUGAUCCAGCUCAUCGUGGCCAGACGAGUGGCCAAGAGGAACGAGGAUUCGCCGGGGAGCCCACUGGGACCCCAGCAGUCCAUGAACACCUCGCUGGACGACCACGAGCGCCGAAUCUCCCACUCCCUGUACGGUGGCCUGGAGGGGCUGGAUGACAACUUGAUGCCAAGGCAAGGCAUGAUGCCACGCACUAUAGGCAACUAUCAGCUGUCACCGACCGUCAACAUGCCGCAGAACGACACCGUGAUCAUCGAGGACGACCGGCCGCCGCUCCUCCCGCCCCACCUGUCGGACCAGUCGUCCUCCAGCUCCCACGACGACGUGGGCUUCGCCGCCGACACGCCGCCGCCGCCGCCGUGGGCCACGGAGCCGCCCGCUCAGACCGACAGCGCCCUGGUUCCAGAUGAAAAUGAUCCCGACGGAGCGUUCCAGAGGGAAGGCUUCGGACGCCAGAGCAUGUCGGAGAAACGCAUCAAACAGUUCGGCGACGCCGGGCAGCUCGAGAUCAUCAAAACACGCAAGUCCAAGAGCAUGGAUCUAGUAGCCGACGAGAUUAACCUCACCCCUCGCCCCGAGAUCAACGCAGGUUCCUCCACGAGGGACGUGGGUCCGUCGCUGGGCCUGAAGAAGUCCAGCUCCCUCGAGAGCCUGCAGACGGCCGUCGCCGAGGUCACCCUCAACGGGGACCUCCCCUUCCACAGGCCCCGCCCCCGCAUCAUCAGGGGGCGCGGCUGCAACGAGAGCUUCCGGGCGGCCAUCGACAAAUCCUACGACCGGCCGGCGCCGACGGAGGACGACGACGAGGGCAUGGAGACGUUGGAGGAGGACACGGAGGAGAGUUCGCGUUCGGGGCGAGACUCCGUGUCCACCGUGGCCGACCAGACGCCGCUGUCCGGCGGCGAGAAGCCGCUGGUCAACGGCACCAACCGCACCAAAGAGGAGAAGAAGAAGGACAAGGACAAGGGAGGGAAGGAGAAGAAGAAGCAGCAGCAGCAGCAGGAGGGAGGGAAGGAGAAGGACAAAGGAGACAAGGGAAAAGCCAAGAAGGGAAUGCUGAAGGGACUCGGAGACAUGUUCAGGUUCGGGAAGCACCGGAAAGACGAGCGGCCCGGCGAGAGGAUGGACCGCAAAGGCUCCAGCAAGUGGCGGGCUGAGGAGACGCAGGUCUCCGAGGAGGAGACGCUGAAGAUGAGGCUGGAGCAGGAGAGGAUCCAGGCCAAGACCAGGGAGCUGCGGGAGCGCCAGGCCCGGGAGCGGGACUACGCCGAGAUCCUGGACAUCAGCCGCACGCCGGAGCGCUCGUCAGAGGAGGAGCACCCGUACGCCGGCAUCAACCCCCUGAACAGCUCGGUGGACAGCGGCCACAGCCGACCCCACAGCCCCCGGGACGACUACCCCCACCUCCAUCCGCACCACCACCAACACUCGGACUCCCUCUACACGCAAGUCAGCAAGGCCCGCAACGACCGGCCUCCGUCUGCAGACAGUAGCCGGCUAGCCCCGAGCAACCACGACCGGAUACAGCGGCUGCGGCAGGAGUUCCAGCAGUCCCAGGGCGUCCCCGACGACCCCGACGACCGCCGGAGGACCUACAGCUUCGAGCAGCCCUGGUCGAACGCCGGCAGCAACGGGCCGGGCGCGUACGGCCCCCAGCCGGGUCGCCACUCGGUGUCGGUCGAGGUCCAGAUGCAGCGGCAGCGGCAGGAGGAGAGAGACUCGUUCGCCCAGGCCCAGCGGCAGUACAGCUCCCUGCCGAGGCAGCCGAGGAAGAACCCGAGCAUCGUCUCCCAGGACUCGUGGGAGAAGGCGUACCCGCCCGGCGAGGGCUUCCAGACGGCCAAGGACAACCCCCGGUACUCCAGCUACCAGGGCUCCAGGAACGGCUACCCGGGCGUGGUCGGCGUCAACGCCCGGGUCCUGCUGGAGGCGCAGGAGCUGCUGCGGCAGGAGCAGCGGCGCCGCGAGCAGGAGGCCAAAGGGAAACUGAUGCUGGAGAGCCACAGCGGCUACGACGGAUACUCCCCGGUUCGCCUGAAGGACCCGGCCUCCCCCAAGGGUCCGUACCGCCACGACGUGCCCCCGUCGCCCUCGCAGCUAGCGAGGCUCAACAGGCUGGGGUCGGAGAAAGGCCGGCUGUUUUAUUCGUGAGGAGCUUUUUGUGGGACUGAUGGACGAAGAGAUGAACGGAGAACUUUUGGGGGCGAAGGAGCUACACGAGGGGGGGGCUUUGUCGCUCGCCCGACAGCCUCCAGACGCCCGGUGCCUUUCUCUGUGCUCGUCCGCCGUCGGCCCGAGGACUCGUCGAGCUCUGCAGGGCGACGUGUAGCGACAAUCAAAUGAGUGAGAGGCCGCACAUAUCUAUGACAAGGUACAAGUGUCAGUUUAUAGAGUGUCCCGUGGAUGAUGCCCCCCCCCCCCCUCCUUGACGCUUCUUUCUGUUCCGGCGUUUUUUCCGCUCAGCGAUCGGCUUCUCUCACACGAGUUCCCCCAGGGGAGCGGAGGAAACGAGGCACAGUGUGUAAAAGAAGAAAAAGCAGGGCACUGUGUGUGUGUGUGUGUGUGUGUGUGUGUGUGUGUGUGUGUGUGUGUGUGUGUGUGUGUGUGUGUGUGUGUGUGUGUGUGUGUGUGUGUGUGUGUGUGUGUGUGUGUGUGUGUGUGUGUGUGUGUUAUUAAUAAAAAGAAACGCACCCCCCACCACCCUCAUAAAUAAUUCAUAUCAUGUGUUAUCUCCGCGGGAGACCCAAGCAGAGAGGGGGUGGAGCGGGCUCUGGUCCUCUGCCCGGUCCCCCUGCCCGGUCCCCCUGCCCCUGCUCUGGGCUCCACACACACGCCGGCCUCCCUGUCUGUCUGGAGCUCUGGCUCUCGUCCUCCGCUCGGUUCUUUCUCUCUUCUCGUUCAUUUACGCUCCGUUCUUCUACCUUUUCCUGCUCGCUCAUCGCAACCCUUCCCCUCACUCUUCAUCCUGCUCCCCAACUCCUCCUCCUCCUCCUCCUCCUCCUCCUCCUCGUCUCCCGAGUCCGACUCCGCACUGAAUUUUUCAUCACAAGCCACCUGCCGCCUGCCGGAGCCAGAGAGACGCUGCCACGACGAGAGGCCCCGGCUUCUGACAGGGAGAGAGAGAGGGAGCAGAGAGGCACAAUAAAGAUGGGCACACGGAGACAAUGACCUUCCCCCCGUGCGAGAUUAGCCGCAGCUUUUCUCCCGUUUUUUUUUUUUUAAAAAGGCAAAAGAAUUGUCCUUUAGGAUUUAAUUGCUUUCGAUUGCUGUAAUUGCUUCAUCUAUUUUCUUUUUAGAGCAUUUAGCCGACUCUCUUCUCCAGAGCGAUUUGAAAAGAGGCAGCAGGUGGGGGGGGGGGGUUCAGAUGAACUCAGCGCUGCGGUUUUUUUUUACGGAGCGGCUCGGACGAAGAUUCAAUAAAGCAGAAUGUCUGGCUCAGGCCCAGUGGAACAUGCAGAUGGUUGUGAUUUCAUCUGUCCGGGGUUUCGAGAUGUCUAUCUCUGAGUUGUCUGACGUCCUCCUUCAACAUCCGAGGUUUGUUUUUCCAGUCAGACACAGGAACAUUUUUAUUUACAGAAAUGUUUAAUUUUUUCAAAGACAGCUCCCAAAAGGUGAAGUCAAAUCACCUGGAUCGCCCCCUGGUGGCUGGCUGCAGAACAGGUCAUUAACCCCUCCACCUCCAAUAUUAGCAGACGGGACACGGACCAAACAAAAAAAAAAUCAAAGUACAAGCUCAAUGAACUUUUCCCAAAGAUGGUCUCCUCUCAUUUGAGGUUGUUCCAUAGUUAAUUUUUGCCCUAAGUUUGGUUUUACUUAAUUAUUUGAUAGAAUAACAGGUUGAAUAAUUCUGAUUGUCAGCUGAGACCGACUCAGGGAUUGGUCGUAUGGAUCGGCGGAACCCGGACACCGAGGCCCCGCUCCCACAUCACUACUGCGCGUCAUCCAUCUUCAUGUACAGUCAAUAUCUCACUCGCUUACGAGACCAUGAGUUCAUAAACCACCUAAUCACAAACCCGUGCCUCCAACAGAGGAGGGUUACGUGAAAGCAGGUGUGGCGUGGGGUUCAUACCAAUCGAGUUUGGCCGCAAGAUCCGCAAUUUGUGUCUACUCGUGCAAAUAAAUGGGAGUCAACCUCCGUCAGGCGCGGACGUAGGGGGAGACUCUCGACGCCAAUUGGCUUUGCAGCAUAAACAUUUCGCUCGAGUUGAAGCGAAUGACGUGAAUUUCACGUCACUUCGCGUCGCCAUUUGCAAAUGAUGACGCGCAAUCACUGUCUUUGCAUUGACGCAUUGAUGUAAUGUGUCACCGUGCGAAACAUGUGCUUUGUGUUUGGCGAUUUGAACCAACAUUACUAAAAUACUCACUCGCGACAAAAAUCAAACCUGAAUAGAGGAAAACGCAAAACUGUCUGCAUGACCAAACGUCCCUGGUGGUAAAAAGAAUUCUAAUGUUUCGGGCGUUUAUUUUAAUCGGAGUCAACAUUUCUUCAAGUGAAGUUUUGAUUGUGCGUCGUACAAUGAGAAUGUGUCAUGAGUUUCCUCAUUAUCGUUCCAGUCGAUCGCCGCAGCAGCAGCUGAUUGUCUUUCACCCGGAGGGAGACGGAAGUCGUCCGUGACACCAGCUGCUGUAGGCGCAGGGAAACGUCCUUUUGGCGUCGAUCACACACACACACACACACACACGCGCGACGAGCUCUCACCUCUGUGAGCGUCGCACAGGGCGGCCACCGACCGACCGACCGACCGUCUCUUUUGUCUGAGCUCGUAACCUCCUCCGACAUCACCGUUGUCUCCGCCCGCACGCGACAAACAAAACGAACCACCGAGAGCGAACGAAUGGGGACAACAGAAUAAUUGCCCUUCACUCCCACACACACACACACACACACACACACACACACACUCCGCUUGUGCACGACGUUAUACAUUAUCUUCCGUUGGUUAAUGAAGUUUGCCCGGGGAAGACGUAGGGGGGCAAAUAAAUGAUGAAUUAAAAUGAAGAAGAAAUCAUUUUUUAAUGGCGAUGUUAUUUCACUGUGUAAAAAAACCCCCAUGUUUUGUACCUGAGGAAGUGUUCCCAAUGCUCCUUCUGCGUAGCGUACGUACACGGACGCACCGGGGCCCUCGACAACGCGCCUCUCUUGAUGUUCGUGUCUCAGUGAUGGAAACCGGCUUUUUACCAAACGGGCCACAAACUGAGACGAGGGGGGAAAAUGUGCCACCAUGUUUCUUUUAGCUCUGCACGUUUUCAUGGAGCGACGAGCGCGUAUGGAAAGACGUAUUUGACCUUUUCUUGUUUCUUUCUUGCUGUUCCCAGCUAUGGGCUCGAAUAGCGACAAGUGCCUGAGAUGAAGAGGGGAAACGCGACGUGGCGCUUGUCAGCGACGCCAACAUUUGAAAACGUCGUAUGAAAACGUGUCAUUUUUUGGGGGGUAAUUGUUUUUAUAUUUUAUUUUAUUCACUAGAGCCGACACUCACAAGCUGUUAUCAGUGUGUUUGUAUCCUGUUUGCCUUCGACCGUGCUCAUGUCGUUUUAAAGUAUCAAGAAAUAGAAAAGAAAUGGAAGCUGAUGUGCAAUUGUUGUUGUUCUUGUUGUUUUUGUUGUUCUUUUUUUUUCCAGAAAACUUUUACAUGAUAUAUUAAAGAAAAUUGUACACAGCCACUUUUUCCCCUGUACAUAUCAAAUUUUAGAAAUAAAGCAGACGGCUGUUCCAUCCUGUUUACAACCCGCCCGCUGCCUCUGGCCUACCUUCUUUUUCCUUGUCUUUUUUCUUCUUCCACUUCGAACCCGGGGAUCAGACGAGUCUUCAAUUAGGCAGGAAGGGAUUCUGCCGUCACGCGUCAACUCUCUGCCACGUCCGCUUCGACCGACGUCUUCGUCUGAGCCCGGCAGAGAAUCCGACGGAUACAAAGGAAAAUAAAGAAUAAAAAAUGUCCUCAAUUCCUGCGGGGAAAGCAGCCGACGCACGCGCACACACACACACACACACACACACGCACACACACGCCAUACACAAAAGUGAAGUGAAACUCAAAUGUUGCUUCUGUGUAAACGAUCUGUCGACCGCUCUGAUGUAAUCUCCCCUGAACGCCACUUGCGUUUCCUGUUAUUAAGUCCGGCCUCGCUCCCAUUGUCCCUCACUGGGGACCUGUUGAGCGGCCGGCCCCCCGCUACUGUUUUGGUUUCCGAGGGGUCAAAGGUGACGUUCCUAACCAAUUACCAUCAAUGCUGCCGUAGAGACAGAGAGAGAAAAAAUCUGGAGAUACGAGAAAAACAGAGGAAAAGAGACGCGUGGAAGCCGAGAAGUCCCGUCACCUCAUCCUGUGCUUUGUGUGCGUCACGGCCGCUUGCUCUUUGUGUGACGGACUCCGCGGUGUGAAGGUCGGACAUGCGGGGAAUUGUCACCAUGCAGCGAAGGGUUUUUUUUAAGUUUUUGAAUCAUCGUCUACCGCUUUAUCCAUUUAGGGGCCCCGGGGGGGCUGGAGCCAAUCCCAGCUGACGUUGGGCGAGAGGCGGGGGGAGAGAACCCACGCACACACGGGGAGAACAUGCAAACUCCACACAGAAAGGCCCUGGUUGGUUUGAACCGGGACUCGAACCCAGAACCUUCUCGCUGUGAGGCGACAGCGCCGACCACUGUUUAAAAAACAUCCAUCUAUUUUGAGUAAUAUCAAUCUUUCACAGGGAAAACCAGUGUUUUCUCGUCAUGAAUGAAAGUUGGAUUUUAAUCACGGAAAUGGAGAUGAUUAAUAAUAAAACGUUGUCAAAGCUCCUUUUUGAUGCUAUGGCUCCAUUUCUUCUUGGAUCAUUUGCCCACAUUGUUUUUUUUUCACCAAAUCAAAGUGAAGUUGAUUCACCUUUGCAUCACCGAGUUCAUUUAGAAUCUUGAGAUUUGAAUGUACUUCAAUUGUGAUUGAAUUCUGAUACGACUGCGAUGCUCUGCGUCAGAUUAGUUUCAUUGUUCCUGCUGCGUGUUUUCAAUGGCCAGGUUUUGUUUUCUCGUUCACUUCCAUGAUCCAAGAAAUAAUUCGGUGCACAAACGUCCAGAACGCUCGUGGAGAAGUUCCAGCUUCUCUUGUUUCUGUUCUGUUUGCCAUUGAGACUCAAAAGCUCCAGUGUGAUCUCGGUUUUCAGCUUCCUGCUGCCGUUUGUAAAACCAACUCUGUAAAGUGAAAAUUCGACUGUGAUUUAUUUCUUUACUUUCACUUGAACAAGUAGUUUGAAUGAACUAUGAACCAAUCAACCUUCACCAUGUUGAUGGCAGAGCAGAAAAACAACCAUACGAGUCAUUUGGAUCAGUUUGACAACAGCACAUGUUCUGUUGUUUCAUUUAGGUGUGAUGACUAGUUGGACUUAAUACCAAUGCACCACACACAAUAUGGUUUCCUGUGUAUGAUAUUAAAACAACAGCAGCUUGUUUGUGUGAUAAAAUGCUUAAAAACGACCAACGUUGUUUUGAUUGUUGAAAAUUAUUCUUCAUAUUGCAAAUAAAUCUCAUCAGGUCCAA